UGAUUACAGAUUUACAAGCAGCAGUACGUAGUAUGGUGCUGUCCUCGUCACAUCUUCAAAGACAUUAAAAAAAAAAAAAACUCGCCGAACAGGUCAUGUUGCUGUCUCACUCUUACCCCUACCCGAUAUCGUUAUAUCUCCUUCAUCGACAUUACGUUUUUUGGUGCAGUCCGAGUCACACGUAAACUUUAUUUUGUUCUUUUGAUUACAUCAUUUAUAAUAAUUCAAAAUGGGCGGAAGGAAAAGAUCACGAUCGAAGGAGAAUGACUACGAAGAUCUCCUUAAAAAAAUUAGGAAAAUCGAACAUAAAGUUAGAAAGAAACGCCGCCUACCCUCAACCUCGUCAUCGGAAAGUGAAACAUAUCGUAAUGAUAUUACGGAAGAUUGGGCCGUUGAAAUGCCUUUACAAGAGGAAUCAUGCGAGGCCGACGAUAUAGAAGGAAACAUUGAUGCAAAUAUUACUGACACGGAGAACCUUGACCUAGAACAAGAUAUUUUGGAAAUAUUAGGAGAAGAUCCAACAUCAGUAAAAUCCUUUGGAGAUAACUUACACAAGGAUAUUGCUCCUAGGUGGAAGCAUAUUUUAUUAAAUGGCCUCUCUAAAGAGAAUAGGUCUGAAUUAUUAAAAACAUAUUUGGUACCAGAAAAUUGUACAUAUUUAAAAGCGCCUAAACUUAAUCUUGAAAUAAAGGCUGCGCUUACGGAGAUGAAUAACAAAAAAGAUAUGUACAGCCAAAGUAAGCAAAAUCAGUUAGGCAGUGGCCUAGCAGCGCUGGGAAAAGCCCUAAAUUUAGUACUUAGUAAAACAGCUGAUGUCAAUGGAUUGAUAAAGCCAUUGAGUGAUGCAGCUAAGUUGUUCUGCGAUUAUUACUUCAAAGAGUCGCAAUCGAGACGGUUCGCUGCCAUGAAUACCUUGAAUAAACAAACAAAAGAUGUGAUAAAGAAUACUAAAAUUGAUGAUUUUUUGUUUGGGUGUGAAUUGGCUGAACAACUAAAAUCCUCAAAAGCAAUUUCAAAAUCAGGCAUUGAAAUGCGUUCCCAAGUUACGACGGCUCGUCCUGCAGCCAGAAUUUCAAGCACGCCUCAGGCAGGUCCGUCUACCGCAGCCCGGCGUGGGGCUUUAAACGGGAGGGGAGCGCCGCGGGCGGCCGCCGAGCCGCGAGCGCCCCAGACCACCUGGAGACAGCACUCGGCGCGCGACCAGAGCUCCAAGAAGCCCAAAAACCUGCCGCGGUAUCGCUCGAAGAGACGUUGACGUCAGAACCCGAGAGAAGUCCAUCCACUUCACAAGAGCAUUACCCUGGUGGCAGCGAUCUUAUCAGGCAGUCGAUGAUGAAAAGUGGAGUACCAGGUCAAUCUUUGGAUUUACUUAUGGCUUCACUUGCUGAAAAAACAAUUAAGCAGUACAGUUCUUCAUUAAAAGCCUGGUGGGUAUUUUGCCAACAGAAUAAUUAUAAUUUCUGGGAAGCUAAUAUUUCUGAAGUGUUAAUUUUUUUGACCGAAAGGUAUAACGCGGGCGCUAGUUAUAGUGUACUUAAUACCACCAGAUCAGCUCUCUGUUUAAUUUUAGGUAGUACAGUGAUGUCUCAUGAUUAUAUUAAUAGACUAUUAAAAGGAUCGUUUAGACUAAAUCCUCCCACGCCUAAAUAUGAUUCGACAUGGGACCCCAGUAUUGUAUUAAAUUAUUUAAGUAACUAUUAUCCUUAUGAUAAUAUAAAUUUAAGUGAUUUGUCUUAUAAAACUGUUACUUUAAUCGCGAUUGCAUCUGCUCAGAGAAUGCAAACUUUGAGCCUUAUAAAAAUUAAUAAUAUUUUGUUAAAUAGCGAUGUUAUAAUUAUUAAAAUAAGUGAAUUAAUAAAAACGUCCAGACCCGGUUCCUAUCAACCCCUGAUUAGGUUGCCUUAUAUAAACGAAAACCCAAAAAUUUGCCCCGCCCUUGCAUUAAAGGUAUAUUUAGAAAAAACCCGCAGUCUCCGUAAUAAUGAAUCGGACGCUCUUUUCAUAAGCUUUCGAAAGCCGCAUAAAAAAGUAGGGUCACAGACAUUGUCACAUUGGGUGAAAAACACACUCCAGAAAAGUGGAGUAGAUGUGACAAUGUUCGGCGCGCACAGCACGCGGCACGCGGCUACGUCUGCCGCGCGCCGUGCUGGUGUCAGCCUGCAGGCGGUGCGUAGGGCCGCGGGUUGGACGGAAAAUUCUAAUGUCUUUACCAAAUAUUAUAAUAGAGAAAUUACUGUAUCCUCUGGAAAUGAUUUUGCAAAUUCUUUAUUUUCUUAAAGGUUUAAUAAGUACUUUUUGUUAUGUUUUUGUUAAGGUACUAAUAAGUAUUUUUUUGUUAAUAUUGCCACAUGUUUAUUAAAACCUUUACAUAAAAAUAGA